GUGUCAUUAGUAGGUGUGUCCGUGAUCAAGAGUGCAGGUUUGUUGUCACUCUGGGACACCAACAGAUUUCCCACACUUGUAAAGAGUUUACGUCGAACUGGGCAGGAGACUUAAGCCGGGUUGAGUCCAACUGAGUUAACUGGACCUUCAAUAUCGCGAUCUCAACUAACAUAGCAACAUUUUGAGGUUGAAACGUCGCAGCGUCUUUCGUGGCUGAGUUGUACGAGUACGUCCAGGUGAAAGACAGCUGUUGAGAGUUGUUGAGGAACCACAGGCAGCAUCCCACACAUCGUGAUUGUUUCUAUCGAAUCUACAUCUACUAAGCAGCUACUCGACGUUCUCUCCAAUCGGUGCUUGGUACAAAUUUAGACGGGGAUGGGACGUGAGAAACACCCGCCCUCCCGCGCCCUGGGGCUACUGCUGGUUCUACUACUGAGCCAAGUUGAGCUCGUCGUCAGCUUAAAUAUUGACAUCGGUGUGAUGUACGCGGCAGGUAACAGGGAAGCGUACGGCGAGGGCGUUCGUAACGUCCUGCGGGACUUCAGCCAGUCCCAAGGAUCCCCUGACGUCACGUUCAACCUUGAGGAGCUGGAGUCCAGCUGUGUGGAGAAAGAAGCUCUGGACAACGCCGCUGUCCGGUUCCGACAAAGAGGGAUCUGUAACAUCCUUGUGGUGAACAACGACAGGAAGGUUGUUUCACUGGACCAUAAUCUGGAAGGGGAGGCAACUCACUGCGCUUACCAUGACUUAACCCAAAACAACAGCCAGCUGCUCACCAUGGUUGUUCAGCGCCCAGUGGAGGCGCAUGGCCUGCCGCCCAACAGCGGGGUCUGGGUGACGUCAUAUCCGGAGCCGGAUGACCUGAGCCUGAUGAUUGUCAACACGGUGGAGAAGUACAAAUGGACGUCAGCCUUCGUCUUGUACGACAAAUUCGCAGACGCCUACCGUAGUUUGGAGAAGUUUCUGAACUGGGCCGCAGAUCGGGACUGGCUCCUGCGUGUUAAGGAGAUCCCUCUGAUCGGAGAGGGUCCGGACAAGGUGGACAAACCCGCGCUGACCGAGCUUCUCAGACAGAUCAAGACAUCUCGCGAGACUCACGUGAUCCUGCUGUCCAACUCUGCAAUCAUCAAUGAUGUCCUGGACAGGGCCGUGUAUCUGCUGAUGGUGAACUACCAGUACCAUUGGAUCAUCACUAGCCUGAACGCUCCUCUUGGCGACAUCAGUUUUGAAGACUUUCACGACACCGGUGUCAGGGUGACGUUUUUUCACCCUAACACUGAACUUGGUGGCACUACCCGAAUAUUUGAACGCCUGGUGCUGGACGGCGCCUUGUCUCUGGCCCACUCGGCGGUGGAGGCCGCUCGUGCCGUAGACAGGGGAGAGAUGUCGGCGGGAGAAGCACAGUGUCGUCUGCGGGACUAUAUCACAGAGAUUGAGUUUGAAGGCUACACCGGUAACGUCAACUACAAGAAUGUGAGCGUCUCCACUAGACUCCGGAACAACUUGGUCAUGGAUCUGAUGGAGAACACAGGCAGUGACCUGGUCAAGGUUGGGAAGUGGAGUCAGGUAGACGGCGCCAACCUGACCUCCCAGUUCAACUCCAGCUUCUUCACUAACCCCGUGCUGGGCGGCAAAGUGCUCAGAAUCAUUUCAAAAGAGAGAGACCCUUGGGUCAGGCUGAAGCAACACGCCGACACGGAGGGUCUGAAAGGGGUUGAGCGGUACGAAGGUUUCCUCAUCGACAUGCUGAACCUCAUGGCCAAGAGACUGAACUUCACCUUCACCAUUGACGUGCGCGACAACAUCACGAUCGGGUCCCAGAGCGAGACGGACGGCAGCUGGGACGGCAUGAUCGGCCUGCUGGCAAGACGGGAGUACGAUCUCGCCCUGGACGCAGUGUCGACUCGCUCCUUCCGUCUGAAGGCCGUGGACUUCACGGAGCCGAUAGAGAUGGCCGGGUACUACCUCAUCAUGAGGCGGCCCUCCAGGGCGGCACCUGAGCUUCUGCAGUUUCUCAAUCCCUUCAGUUACACGGUGUGGGUGGUGAUGCUGUGUGCUAACCUGGGCGUGGCCAUCCUCCUCGCCAUCAACAACUGCCUCAACCCGUACGAGUGGGGCGGGCUGGCUAAGCGAGGAGAGGUCGAAGAAGAAGAAGGGAAAAGUCUUAACUUCUCGAACAGCCUUUGGAGUGUAUGGGGGGCUUACGUCGCAGCUGGUCCCGAGUUUCUACCGCGCUCUUUUGCUGGACGAACUCUGGCAUCUUUGUGGUUUUUCGUCUGCCUCGUCGCCAUUUCUUCGUACACCGCGAACCUGGCCGCCUUCCUGACCAAAACCAACCUGGACCGGCAGAUCUCGUCUCUGAAGGAUCUGGCCAACAGCGACUACAGGUUCGGGGCUCUGGAGAGGAACACCAUCGUCAAAUUCCUGAUGAACAGCACCGACGAACCCUACAAGACCCUCGGGAGGAGGCUGAAGCGAUGGAAAGGGGAGGUUCUGCUCGAUUCUCGGGAGAAGCUGUUGAAGAAAGCCGAGGAGGAACGCUUCGUCUUCAUCGCAGACAACGAGAACCAGUUUCGUGUGAAGGAGGAGCUCUGCAACCUGAUGGUGGUGGGAGAGAGGUUCUUCCGCUCCCCCACCGCCCUGAUGUUCCCUCGCGGCUCGCCGUUCGUGACGGAGUUUAACCGGCAGAUCCUGCUGUUCCGGGAGGAGGGGGUCAUGGACAUCCUCCGGGACCGCUACCUGAACGUGCCCGGGGAGUGCUCCACAAAGUAUGUAGCCCAAGACGACGACCAGCUGCAGAUAGAGAGCUUCAUCGGGCUGUUCUACCUGCUGCUGAUCGGGGUCGCGCUCUUCCUCAUCGUCGGAUUGGUGGAGAUCUUCUCCUUCCGUGCGCAAGGACAGAAGAACGAGAGUGACGGUGAGAAGAAAGAUGACGCACCGGACCCGAAACUUAAGAUAAAUGGGGAGUUAAACGCGACGUACCUGUAGAAGGCAGGACCGCAAAAUGGCACGCAAUGUACCGAAUGACCAUCGUCCCAUUUGCCUCCUUUGUAGACUUUCUGAGACUAGGUGGGCUUUUUCGGGCGCGUAUGUUACGAUAUGCUUUUUAUCUGAUGGCAUAUAGUGAGUAGUGCACUCGGUUUCUUGUAGCCGGCAUCUGUAGGAAAACAAAUAAGAAAAAAAAAACACAUUAUAAGCUCUGAGAAAGUCUGCCCCGUGAAGCCUGCUAAGGAAAUAUCAUUUCAUAUCCACGCAAUGUCGUGAUGAAAUAUUUGCAAUGCAACAUGCAAAGGCCAUAGAUCAUUUUCAGACGUGUGCCAUAUCAUUUUCCACGUAAAGUAUACAUUAUCUAAUCUGCGUACAACAACGAUAUGGGUCCAAUCAUAUCAAAAAUAUACAAAUACUACCAUGAUCUACCAUUAUGUUCGUAGUAGAUGUCAUCUUGGACCUGAUGUAUACUCUCCAAGCAGAGGUUUGUCUCCGGCUGAUUUUCUAACGUUUUUUAUGCGUUUUUAUAGGGCUUUCUAUUUUGUACCGCCUUCUUUACGUCUCGUGUCCAAACGUUAACGUCAAAAAACAGCCUGUGCCGAACCUGUACCUGAUGCCUCCUUUCGCCAAAACCAGUCAGGGAGUAUAUAUAUUUAAAUAAAGAACAGUAAUUUUUCGUUAUAAAUAUGGAAUAUAUUACAAUAGCAGCAUAACUAGCCUCAGGUAUAUGUUUGGACCUAUUGAUUCGUCAGAUAACUAUUGAUAUAUGCAUGUUAUCUUACUUAAGUUCAUUAUUCGAAAAUGUAAUCUUCCUAAUUCGUUUACAUCAAAUUUCCUAGAUAUAUAAUCUUGGGCUUUAUUUGUGUUAAAUCAACUCUGUCCAUUUAUCAUUAUUAUCAUUAUCGCAUAUAAGCUUUUAUCCAUAGUUUUAAGUUUGAUUGGUUUAAUACUGUAUUGACCUCUUUGUCACAGGCAGGAGCCACAAAUCUCCUAUAGCCAUGUACACAUAACUACCCUGAUGUAUCUCUCCAUAACUAGCUCUGAUCCACAUUCCCAUAACUAUCUCCGAUGUACAUCCCCAUAACUACCUCUGAGCCAUAUCCCAAUAAGUAUACGUUCCUCUAAUACAUUGAUGUCAUGUGGCAUAGUCUGACGUUGAAGUGAAUUAUUUUAUAUCUUAAAACAAAGAAAUUAGUGGUGCACUGUUUGCUCUCGUUGCGGGACAUCUUGAUGUAGCCCUUGUCUACCCAGGCCUUGCCCCACCUGUAACACAAAAAAAUGUUGAUGUCUUGUUCUUGUGACAUAAGUUCAUACACACACUAGGGGAAGGUAAAGGCCGACACGGUUUGGCCAAGCAAAGGAGAGUCAAGGCUGAACUUUACCUGAGACUGAGACCACUUUCUGGGUGGGAGCCGAAGAGUUAACGCGUUCUACGUCGGAAAAAGUUCAAUGCGAAUGUUGUCCUAAGGUUUGGUGAGGAACUACGUGUAGUUUGUAUCGUAGUUCCACGUUGGAAAUAAAGCUGUGUAGGCAGAGGGAAUGAACCUUGGGCUAAACCGGCACCGCUUACUCUCUCCCAAGAGUAUCUACAACUAUUAAGCAUGUUCAGAACAAGAGAUACCAAAAUUGAAGGUUUCACUGCAGUACCGUAGAAAGCAGCUAGGCCAUUAUUGAAUUCAACCUUUAUUUGCCUGACCUCUCCCCAUAUGCCAAAUAUCAUAAAGCUCCAUCGACAACUUCUCAAGUUAUGCACACACACAAACGGCACCAAAAACAUAACCUUCUUGGUGCAGGUAAUAAGUACCCCACCCCUAGAACAAGUAUGUAACCUCAGUCAAAUAUUCCAGCAAUGCACACCUAACACCACACGUAACCACAGCCAAGCUUCCAUGUGAUUCAAUGUAGGUUUUUACAUUUUAUGGCAUCUGACAAGUUACAAAAGAAGGGAUGGAACAGCGCCAUCUACUGACUUUAUGGUGCUGCAUCAGAGAUUGUUCAUAGAUUAAUCAUAAGGUAUCAACCGAAACAAAAUUGUUUAUCAGAGAGCAGCGCAGUUGUGACUUUUGUAAAUUCACAGCACUUAAAUUUUGCAGCAGUGAAAAUCGGUGUCUUUGAGUUUGUGGUUUUAACAACCGUUGUAAUGCAAUGUAAGACUGAGUGUCUGUUCCCAGUGUGAAGUCACUGCAAAAACUACCGCGAGUGCUUCAGUACCCUGAUCUUACAGUUGGGCAAUUUUCAAGUUGUCAUAGUGACUUGAGCACGAUCAAGACAAACAUUUCGAUCUUCUCUGGUGUUUUUAUACACAACACCUGUACUCCUCUGUAUUCUCUAGAGCUGUACAGUAUCACAUGUUCAAUCAUACGAGACCAACCUAGACAAUGACGAUUGAGAAACGAGAGAUUUUUGCCAAUUCCACUUUUUUUAUUCCAAUGCAUCAGUGGCUGCUUUCAGGUUUUGUUUUGGCUGCUUAUAACAGUCUUUUAGAACAAUUCACAAGACACGCUAAAUGGCCCGCAAACAUCACGCUGGUCAUAUUAGCAGGACAUUUUAGUAUGGACUUGGUUUUGUGGAUGACAUCCUCUGCAUACUUAAACAAGGGUGACAAUGGAUAUGUCUACCUACAAAAUUUUAAAUACCAUGAGCUGACAAAUAUCUAUUUAAAUAAAAAGUCCUGUUUAACAACCAAGAACACUUAGACCAGGGGCGUAGGGGAAACAAAGAUCUAGAGAGGUCAUGUUUGUGGUUUGUUAACGCUUGUUACUCGGGUUAGGGCAUAAAUGUUUCUCUGUUUCAGCCAUUGUGAUGGCAGUUAUGCUUUUAUAUCAGGAAAUGUAUGCACACAUACAAGCCAUCCAUAAAAGCAACUUUGGGUGGUAGAUGGCAAAAGAACUGCUCCAGAAGUAUCUUCCUGUUGUUAGAGUUACCACAAGAAGUGAUGACAGGGAUGUUUUUAAUUUCCUCUACAAGACACCAAUAUGUGGAAAUUGGCAAAAAAAGUCCUGCCUUGUCUAAUAUUACAUACAGGAAAUGGAGGUCAAGACUGUUUUGGCAACCUUUUCAAAUAAAAGCAAAAAAUGAACACAAUUUUUCCACUUGUACACAAUUUGUUUGUGACAUUACUGGUACAAAACAGGGAUGAUAUGCAAAGAAAAAUAGAAACAAGGCAUGUACAUGUAGGUAGUAGAAACGGUUACAAUCAACUUUCACUUUUAUGUAGAAUUCCAUUGUAUGUCUUGUGAGUGACAAGGAACAACAGGUACUGUACAUAGUGAUUUUAUCCAACAGUACAUAAUAUCCUAAUAAUCCCACUUAAGUCCUUUGCGUAUCUUUCACUAACAAUUAGCAAUACAUACAGAAAUAGUAUAUUAUCUUGCAUCUCAAAUUGGCAUCAACAUCCGAUAAUCCAAAUACAAUUAUGCUAAUUGCUUUUAAUCAAGCAUCAUCUUAAUGUCUAAUCUUAACCUGUGUACAAAAUGGCUUCCAGAAUGGAUACAAAGCCAACCUAAGUAAACCUUUGAAUGUGCGAGUCAUACAAAUAUACUAUCAGUCAAUUGAUACAUAUGUAUAUAUCUAUAAUAUAUAUAUUUAAACCAUAACUUGCUGCCAUAGGCUGAGGCCUGUCUUAAGUAAAAGACGGCUAUCAAAAGUAAUCUUCAAAUUUAGAUAUCCAGCGAAGCCUACAUCAAUCAAUAAUUCAAGCAUAAGGCCACCGCUUUAAGUUUUAUGGAUGACAUCCUCAGCGGACUCACAAUUAAAUGAGGGCAACAACAAAAACACAAGAUGGCUAAAUAUUCAAAUUGAAGCAACAAAAUGUGGAUUUGCAGCUAACAAGUCUUUUAUUUCUGUGUUCAAGAAGUACAAAAAGUAGCACUAGUGUGGUAUACUGGUAUCAUUUACCAAGUUGGCAACUACACUCAUACCUACCACAUUGGUGCCACUUUUAUAGCUAUCAGACUAGUUUUACUUCUACAACUGCAGUCAGUCAUGGCUACCUCACUAGUGUCACUUCUACAAGUACAUAGUCAAGGAUAGGUACAUACCUUCUCGUUAUGUUGACCAGCUUUGUAAAGGAAUAUAUUUUUUCCCUCAAAUUCAGGUUUGGAUUAACAAGCGCACUGUCAUCCAUAAAAUUUACUUGCUGUGGCCUUAGACUACUAAACACUAACCAGAUCAUGGGUAGGUGGGGGUGUAUACAUGUAAUAUGAAACAGCAGUGCACUAGGGGCCAUUGUCAUUAUCAUAACACAAAGUGCAGAUGUGUUGUAACUUUUGGGUCUAUUUGAGUCAUCAGAAAGUUG